AUGGAACCAUCACCCUUAACGCAGCAGACGAGACCGGAUUAUUUCCAGCCAAAAAUUGUGCAGCUCUAUCAGGAUCUAUUCAAUAUCAGAGAUCAUGUUCCCCCUUCCGAAGGCUUCUGGCGCGAAUUCUUUUUGCUACCGCCAGACAAAACCCAGUUCCGUCGGGUCUUGGAGCCCCUGACUGCAGAUGAUAUCCUCCAUGUACAAGAGCGGACGCAAUUAUUCUUCAUUCGUGCCAUAGAAGAAAUACGCAGUGAAACCACACCGCGGAAUCAGCAUGCUCUCGAGAACUUGACUGCUUUUCUAGGUGGCGUGUUGAGCAAGAAAUACACCAACCCUAGCUCCGAUGCCAUUGCCGUGCUGGCCGGCCUAGACGGGGUGGACAGGAGAGUGUCUGAUCUGGUCAGUGGCAUUGAUGAUCUCGUUCGGAAUGGAGACAACAUUCAGCUUCGUGGGAAAGCAAUCGAAACAGCAUUGGCUCUUGCAGCUGGAGCAUAUCAGACUGGAUUGAUCUCCUACCUCACCCACCGAGAUCUCUUUCCAGCGUUGAUGAAGUAUGUCAGAGACUGCGAUGAGCCCUCAUAUUGCUUUCAGCCCCUGCUUCUAUUGGGGCUGCUGGGCAAUUACAAUAAGUUCGAAUUUCAGAACCCAUACCAAAACCGCCUGGAAGAUUUUGUUAACGAGAAGACCAUUCAAUCUAUAGUCCGUGGUAUUACCCACGCUUGCGCUUUGAGUCGAGACAGCUACAUAGCGGUACAUGAUGAUGCACCAGAAGGUUGGAAUCUCAACAGUGCGCUCGUCUAUGUCGGGCUUCGGGCAUUGGCUCCAGAAGCGAAAAGGAAAAAAGCUCCACAAACCGAAGAAGAGGCCAAAGAACUUUUUGAUGCCCUUCCACCUACCGAAGCCUCAAUAUCUCUACCGGCGUACUCAUUUGUCUAUGCCAACAAGCUCUUCGCUUCGACGUUGGCUUCUUUGUCUCGCCACAAUUCAACGGAGACACCAUUUGCUGUAUUUCUAUCAUUCAUCUCAUAUCUAUCCCAUCACGCACAUCGAUCACAGAGAUGUCUGCAUUAUACUUUGCUGAAUAUGCUUACUAUCCAAACUCUGGUCGAAGAUACCGUCUUGGUCAAACGGCUCUCUUCUGACGAGUUCAAGACAGCCGUUCGUCUUUGCCGUCAAAGACCUCCCCACCCGCCCUUGGUUACCGCCGAGCGGGUUCCAGCCUCAGUCAUCCUCGAUAUCUGUACCGAUACCAUCAGCCAUAACCUUCGCCGCCGCCUAGACGUCUCUCUUUAUUCAGUAACUCUUGGCAUCAUCCUUCGAUUGACCACACAUCUCAGCCGCAACAAAUUACGUCUUGCCCACCAUUGGUCUCACAUUUGGGGGACCCUCUUCUCUUCCCUCCGUUUCCUCACGCAAUAUUCCACCGACUUGAGCAACAUCCACAACAUCCGCCACGAAGUCUGCACACCUCUCUGCGAUCUGAUCGCCUUCUGCCUAUCCACCGGUGACGCUUUUCUCCCCAACCUUUCUGACUACGACGACCUGUUCUACAAACUCAUCGAGACAGGCUCUCCUCUUCUCACCAAAUUCCGAGACGCCUACUAUGAUUCUGUCACGUCAACCUCAAAACCCGUCCCUACCUCCACCAUCACUCCUUCCACCACCACCACCACCACCACCACCACCACCACCACAUCAUCAUUGCACCAUACCCAGGACUCCGCAAUCAAAAUCCUCAUUUCAGUAUCAACCCACUACCACGACCUGCUCCAAGCCCAGCAUGCCGCCAGCAAGAAAGCACACCAGUCGCCCACCGCAGUCCAAAAAGUCAUCAAGCAAGGCUACGAGACGCUGAACAUCGAAGCCAGCGAGGACUUGGGGAAAUGGGAGAAGUGGCGCGAAGGGAGUGGGAUUUGGAGAGGCGAGCUGAAGAGGAUUGUUCGCACCGUGGUGGCCGAUGCAAGGAAGGUCGUAGGUGGGAGUUAA